GGCACCAUCACCCUCCGCCUGCCUCGCUGUGGGAACCACAGGAUUUAUCACUUCAUCUGUGAAGUUCCAGCCAUGAUCAAGUUAGCCUGUGUAGACAUUCAUGCUAAUGAAGUGCAGCUAUUCAUGGCUUCCUUGGUGCUGCUCCUCCUUCCCCUGACUCUCAUCUUGGUAUCAUAUGGGUACAUUGCCCAAGCACUGAUGAGGUUAAGGUCUGCUCUAACCUGGGGUAAAGCUCUUGGAACCUGUGGAUCCCACAUGCUGGUAGUAGUACUAUUUUAUGGCACAAUCACUGCUAUCUACAUCCAGCCUAACAGCUCCUAUGCACAGAGUCAGGGGAAGUUUAUCACCCUUUUGUACACUGUGGUUAUUCCUACUCUAAACCCCCUCAUUUACACUUUAAGAAACAAAGAUGUAAAAGGAGCUUUGAAGAGGUUGGUAAGGAAAGAUUCUAGCACUGGAAAGAAAGUUCUUUCGAGGUAG